AUGCCAUAUAUAGACAUGAAGAGCAAAACAAGCAAGCAUCUUGGUGUCUCUAAGAAACCUAAACCAACUAUUAGAAAUUCAUCCUCUCUCUCCAAAAUCUCAGGCCACUUGGAAAGCAUAACAACAACAGCUACUCUUACUUGCCAACACGAUCCCAAACAGCAACUUGAUUCGGAUGCUUUUGCACGGGAUGUUGAAACCAACGAGCCCGCUGAAAUGCUUGUUGAAGACACUUCUCAGUCUCAGGCCUUUGCAUCUUCCAAUGAUGCUUCUGAAUCUGUCGCAAAAAUGGAGAUGGCUUGCAACUAUAUAGCAAACUCGGAUACAAUAUUUUCACCUGUUCUGAAUGAUGAACUGGAUGGAAUUGAUCGAGUCUUUACGGCAGGAAACUCUGUGCACUGGGAAAUUCCCAGGUGGGGAGGCGACGAGAGCACCAACAAGAUUUGCUUUGACAACCAAACGUGCAACGUUUCUGAUUUCUUUAUUUCCGACCUUCUCAUUACGAGCUUGCCGUUUGAUGGGAGUGGAAACAAUGAUGCUUUCACCGAGAUAAGCCCCUUGCCUCAUUUCAUAUUCCCAGAGCAGUACAUGUUACUACCGUACUUGGAAGAUGGAGCAGCCAACACGGAUGAUCUCAAGUCAGAUGCUGACAACAGAAUUAAUCUCGAUAGCCAUGACUUAUUUCUGGCAUUUAACAGGACGCGAUCACAUAACAUGCAACCCGAGGAUCUCGCUGAAUCUGAACAAGCUGAAGAUUUCGACCCUCAGCUUUUUAUAAAGAAUCAGCCGGAACUAUCAGAUGUUGUAUCGAACUAUUGGCCUAGAGAUACCUUAAGAAAGAAGGAUGUGACCCUUGUCCUUGAUUUGGAUGAAACUUUGGUCCAUUCGACUCUGGAAUCGUGCAGUGGUGCAGAUUUUUCAUUUAGAGUCUUUUUCAACAUGCAAGAGAACACGGUCUAUGUGAAGCAGAGGCCACACCUGUACAAGUUCCUGGAGAGGGUGGUCGAACUGUUCCAUGUCGUGAUCUUCACGGCUAGCCACAGUAUCUACGCUUCACAACUUCUAGAUAUAUUGGACCCAGAUGGAAAGUUCAUAUCGCAGCGUUUUUAUCGAGACUCAUGCAUUCUUUCGGAAGGAAUUUACACCAAGGAUUUAACUGUUCUGGGUCUUGAUUUGGCCAAAGUGGCUAUAAUUGACAACUGUCCGCAGGUGUACAGGUUGCAAAUAAAUAACGGGAUCCCUAUCAAAAGUUGGUAUGAUGAUCCAACUGAUGAUGGUUUGAUCACUAUACUUCCCUUCUUGGAGACUUUGGCUGUUGCUGAUGAUGUUCGGCCUAUCAUUGGCAGGAGAUUUGGUAACAAGGAAUAA